AAUUUUCCCAUAUUGAGAAGGAGGAUUUUAAUUACAAUUGAAUCUUUCAACCUUGAUCUAAUGGUCCAAGAAGGACGAUGUUAUCGAGGUAACAUUGACAUGUCAGCUGAUCUGUUGUCUAAUGGGUCCCUAAAGACUGAAAGUACUACAGGCGCAAUGAGGCAAAGAAAAGCAAUUGGGCUGCUGGGAGCAGCGACACAGAUAUCUCACGAUGAAGAUCAGUUGAGAUUUAAAGACAACAGAUUUCUGACGACAUUGGUUCGCGGUAGAAACAGGAAAAUAUCUCCAGAAAUUCUACCAUCUUGUUCGCCAGGAAUAUUUCGGCAACGUUCAUUCAUGACUGUAACGGCGCCAUCAUCAAAUCAUCAUAAUAAUCAUCAUCAUAGUCAACAUAAUAAAGUGAAAACAAUUGAUGAGAAAUUUAAUACAACAAAAAUUACACCUGCUCAGUGUGAUCGUAUCAAUGUUUCAAGUCAGACGUCGUCGUCGUCGACUUCAUCGUCAUCGUAUUCUUCAUUAGAACAAAUUUUCUCGCGUACAAAAGUAUUCUCACGGGGUUCACUAAACUCCAGUAAACAUUCACGCUUUGGUACGACACUGGCCAACAAAAUGGCGUCAGGGAGCUCAACCACAGUCGUACAAGGCUGGCCAAAUACCAAAGAUGAUUACGAAUUAAAAGAAGUAAUUGGUGUUGGAGCUACUGCCGUUGUACAUGCUGCAUUUUGCAUUCCACGCCAAGAAAAAUGUGCAAUCAAAAGAAUAAAUUUGGAAAAAUGGAAUACAAGUAUGGACGAGUUAUUGAAAGAAAUACAAGCGAUGUCUUCCUGCAAUCACGAAAAUGUAGUCACGUACUACACAUCGUUUGUUGUAAAAGAAGAAUUAUGGUUGGUUUUAAGACUUCUUGAAGGUGGUUCUCUACUUGAUAUUAUAAAACAUAAAACACGAACAUCAAAUUGUAAACAUGGUGUAUUUGAUGAAGCAACAAUAGCAACUGUACUUCGAGAAGUACUCAAAGGUCUCGAAUACUUUCACAGCAAUGGACAAAUUCACAGGGAUAUUAAGGCUGGUAACAUUCUACUUGGCGAGGAUGGAACAGUACAAAUUGCAGAUUUUGGAGUAAGCGCAUGGCUAGCAACCGGUAGAGAUCUCAGUCGACAAAAAGUUCGACAUACAUUUGUUGGAACACCAUGUUGGAUGGCACCCGAGGUCAUGGAGCAGGAUCAUGGCUAUGAUUUCAAAGCUGAUAUUUGGUCGCUAGGUAUAACUGCUAUUGAAAUGGCUAGUGGAACUGCUCCCUAUCACAAAUAUCCACCAAUGAAAGUGCUUAUGUUAACAUUACAAAAUGAUCCACCAACUUUAGAUACCGCUGCCGAUGAUAAGGAUCAAUAUAAAGCGUAUGGUAAAACAUUUCGAAAAAUGAUAGUUGAUUGUUUACAAAAGGAUCCAACAAAAAGACCAACAGCAACGGAGCUUUUGAAGCAUCCAUUUUUCAAAAAGGCGAAAGAUAAAAAAUAUUUACAACAAACACUAGUUGCAAUUGGUCCAAGUCUUGAGACUCGAGUUCAAAAGGCAUCAAAAAGGCAACCGGGUACUUCGGGUCGUUUACAUAGAACUGUAACUGGCGAAUGGGUUUGGUCAUCAGAGGAAGAUAGUGGAGGUUCUAGUGGCGAGGAUGGUAAAGAACCAUUGCCAGUAAAUAAUAUCGAAAAUGUAAGCAGCGAUGAAGAAGUUCCCGAUCCUGAGGAUUAUUAUGGACAAGUGAAAACGGCUCAAAGUCAUUUGACCAUUCAAGCAGCUGAACAAAAUGCUCCUAUCAAUUUAGUUCUUAGACUGCGAAAUCAAAAACGGGAACUUAAUGAUAUAAGGUUUGAAUUUGCUGUUGGCGUUGACUCUGCAGAAGGAAUUGCUGCAGAAUUAGUUGGAGCGGGUCUAGUCGAUAGAAAAGAUAUUGUCGUUAUAGCAGCUAAUUUACAAAAAUUAAUAGACACUUCCGGUGAAGUUCGAACAGUAACAUUUCCUUUAAAUUCCGGCUAUGCUCCAAAUGAGGUACCAGAUGACAAGGCAUUAAUCGGUUUUGCGCAAAUAACAAUUACUGACUAAAUUCUUCUCUCUUUUUUUUUUGUUGACAAAAACUCGAAUUUUCUUUUGACUCCAAAGUAAGAAAACAAAUUUAGUCAAUGAAGCCGCGUAACGACGCUUUUUUCGGGCAUAUUAAGAAAGUAAAAAUUUUUGAAGCUUUUUUUAAAAUUUCGUAUAAGAAAGCAUUCGCACUUUCGAUCGGCUUUACAAUUUAGACUAUUAUAUAAUUAAGAAAAAAUAAUGGCUGUAGUUUCAUAUAUAUAUAUAUUUAUAUAUAUAUAUAUUAAUAAUAAUCAACUCUUGUAACAUUCGUAUUAAAAUAAUGAAUGUAAAUAUUAGUGAUAAUAGUAAUCCGCUUUUAGUGUCAAAAUGUCCAGAGAAUGAAGAACAAUUUGAGGCCUUAGUGUUUAAUAAAAAAGAAAAGAAAUUUUGCGAGUAAAUUAAAAAAAAAAGAAA